AUGCAACCAAUCCAUAAUAAGCAGUCUGAGCACAAAACAAAAUCUUUUGUAAAUUUUGUAAAAGUAUAUCACUUUUCAUAAGAAACCAGAGAGUAGAAAAUCUGCUCAGGAAUACCCAAAUUUAAUUAAAAUAAAUAAUUGAUUAUCAUUUCUCGAAAACAAGCAAAAGAAUGUUUUUUGAGUUAAAAAACCUUUCGCAAGGUUAGUUAAUGUUAUAAAUAUAUUUUAGGUUGUAUAAUUAAAGCCAUAAAAUUAAGAUGAUCACUUAAAACAAAUUAUAUAAUGGACUAAGUGUUGUUAAAAAAGAAUAAUUGUAUAAUUGAUAUCAUAAUUCUAUUUUUUGAUAAAAAUGAUUUUGAUGUUAUUAAUUCUUUUUUUAGUUUUGCAAAAUCCCUUUUGA